GUCAGCGAGACGUUGGUAUUACCGAUCCCGCCAGUGUCGUAGAUAGCUCCGGUAGAUAGACGAAAGAUGUCCGGCGCGUCAGAGUUAAAGACGCUCGUGAAAAAGCUGCAAAGUGCAUCGUCAGACGAGGAGACACUCGGGAUCUUGCAGACUCUCAAGAAGGAGGCGGUCAUUACAGAGGCGUUGUUACGGGAAAGCAAAGCUGGUCUAGCUGUGGGCAAACUACGAUCUCACGGUAACAAAGAUGUAUCCGACUUGGCGAAGGAGGUUGUCAAGAAAUGGAAGCAGGCGGUCGAACGAGAGAAACUGAGCAACGGUGGCUCGGCGAAGGGGGCGCCAAAUGGCAAGGUACCAGAGAGAAAGGCCUCCAUGACACCCGCCACGCCGAUCACCCCAACAGCUCAGAGCCCGUCCGCUCGUAAGAGCCCUCUUGCCGAGCGUACGGCGAAGAGCGAUGGUAUUCGGGUGGAAGUCACCGGCGACAAGACGCGGGACAAAUGCAUCGAAAUCAUCUACGAUGCCCUGGCAAUUGAUUCUGGUGCUCCGAGCGAGCAGAUCCUCGGACGGGCAAAGGGGAUCGAGGCCGCGGUGAUACAGCAAUUCAACGGGGCCAAUGCUGCUUACAAAAGCAAGAUACGUUCGCUGUUCGUAAACCUCAAGGACAAGCACAACCCAGGACUGCGUGAAAGCGUCGUCUCUGGAGAUCUGCCCGUUGCCAAGUUUGCCACUAUGAGCAGCGCUGAAAUGGCCUCUGAAGAAAGGAAGGCGGCGGAUAACAAGAUCAAACAGGAAAAUCUGUUUAACUCGCUUGGUGCGGAGGAACAGCAGGCAGAGACGGAUGCAUUCCAGUGUGGCAGAUGCAAACAGAGGAAGUGCCGCUACCGCCAAGCACAAACGCGGAGUGCGGAUGAACCUAUGACUACCUUCGUAACCUGUGUAAACUGUAACAACAGAUGGAAGUUCUCGUAAAUUAUCGCUGGACUUAAUAUCCUUAUGGUAUCGCCUCCUUUUAGUCCUUGCUCUCACCCUUGUUUCCGCUUUUCCCUUGUACCAUCAAUAGUAAAGUGCAUGUCCCGCUUUUCUGUUCUGCACAUGUACCGAAUACCAUUCCCAUAUCGUCCAAUAUCGUCUGGUG